UGUAUAGACAGUUUACUGAUUCACUUCUAUUGCUUAAAAAUUAUUUACUUUGGGGCUAAUUUUUUUUUUGUUUUCUUUUUUUUCCAGUGAAUUUAAAUAUGAGAAUAAUUUUUGGAACGUCAAUGAUCAUGAUAUAUUUAAUUAUUUUGUUCAUCUCAACAAUAGUCUGCUCCUCUAAUGCAGAAGUUGUUCAGGAGGAUCAUUUAAAAAUAGUUCAAGCCGGAGAAGAUGUGAACCUCACUUGCACCUUUUCAAAGCUUCUGCAAGGGACAACAGCAUGGUUUAAACAGACAGCUGAUAGAAAAAACAUACAGAUUGUAUCUUUAUAUUUAAAACAACAACCCAGUUGGAAUGAGGACUUUGAUAAAACAAAUCGUUUUAAUGUUAUUAAAGGAGAUGAUCAUUUUAAUCUGACUAUUUUAAAGACAAAACCUUCAGACUCUGCAACAUAUUACUGUGUAGUCUCAUCAUAUUACACCGUUGAAAUGGGUGCAGGAACCAGAUUACUUGUCAAAGAUGCAGCUGUGGACAGACACAUAACUCUUCAGCAGUCUUUAAUAGACACACUUCAUCCUGGGGAUUCUGUGAGUUUGCAGUGUAGCAUCUUCACUGAGAGCUGUGCAGGAGAACACAGUGUCUACUGGUUGAGACAAAGCUUGGGAGAAUCUCAAGGAGUCCUUUACACAGAAGGAGAGAGAAAUGGUCUGUGUGAGAACAGGACUGGAUCUCAAACACAGAGAUGUGUCUACAAUCUCUUCAAGAGCAACGUCAGUCACUCUGAUGCUGGGAUUUACUACUGCGCUGUGGCCGCGUGUGGAGAGAUACUGUUUGGAAAAGGAACUGAACUAAAUUUUAGAGAGAGUGUUGAUGUGAAUCUAUCUCUUCUUGGUCUUGGAAUUUUAAACAUCAUAUUUUUGGCUCUUGUUGUUUUUCUGGGAAUAAAACUAUGCAGGGGUGACAGUAAAGUGCCUGCAUCUCAAGAGAGUCGAAAUGAAGACACCCUGAAUUAUGCAGCCAUUAGUUUUGGUCAGAAACCUCUGAACACUAGAAGAGCCAAAGCAAAGAUCAGUCAGGACCAGUCUCUGUACGCACAAGUUAGAUCACACCAGUGACAUUCACAGGUUUAGAUGUGCAUAUAACUUCUACAAUGUUUACAUGUUUUCAUUAUUAUCUUGUAACAAAACAUUGGACCCAAUCCAUUUAAUUUGUCAGAAUAAUUUCAGUAAUUUCUACUCCAUUUUUAGUUGAUUGAUUUUCUUUAUCUGAAAUUAAAUUCAAAGUACAGUUCGGUAAUGUAAAGUGCAAUUAAUUUUUCACUGCUGACACCACUGUGAUAUUUGUUUUCAAUAAAUUCAUCUAUAAUGCUAUAAUGCUUAUUAGGAUCAUGUCUAGGAUUUUUUCAUAAAAUGAGUGUAGUUAACAAUCUCAUCAAAAUAUGAAUUGCAAAAUGAUCGCUAUAAAGGUGACCAUAUUUAAAUGCAAUUUAAUGUUUAAAUACUGCACUAUUUAGGCUAUGUACUCUAUAUUGUUAGACAUUAGAAUUUGUUCGGCAUAGUAAGGAUAAUUGUGGCAAAGAAAGGUAGUGUGUGUUUGUGUGCCCAUGUUUUUUGGUGGAUUCAUGCAUGUAUGUUGUUAGACUGUGUGUUCUUUUCUGGGCAACUCUGGAUCUUUGUUUUGGUAUAUUCCAUGUUACAGUGUGUGCUUCAUUUGCAUCUUUUAAAUUACAAUAAAUGUAUA